UGCCCAGAACUGGCUUCUACUUCUUAAAUUUUUUAAGCAGCCAACGGCCAUGGUUCGCCUCUCAAGUUCAAACCUAAGGACACGUAGCAGCAGCAGCCUUAAAACGCACCGUAAAAGUAAAACCCUAAACCCUUAGCUCGCCGAAGAAAGGUGAACAACUACAUUACAAUACAAUACAAAACUGCGCAGCUCACUCGAAUCUCCGUAUCCUCCAAAAUUCAUAAGAAAAUUGAAUCCAAAAAUGUCUCAGGAGGGAGACUCUAUGGAAAAGCUAAAAGGCCUUCAAAUCACUUCCCUCGACGACGAUGAAGAAGGAGUAGAAGAUUACGAUAUGAACGAAGAAGAAGACGAUGACGAUGAAGAUGAAGAUGAAGAAGAAGAAUUCGUUACCUUAGGUUUCGUUGAGAAGCCUAAGAAUCCUUGGUCUCUUCUCCGUCAAUUAUUUCCUAGCAAAGCCGGAAGCGUACCGGCUUGGCUAGAUCCGGUGAAUUUGCCGUCUGGAAAAGCUUGUGUUUGUGAUAUAUGUGGAGAGCCUUUGCAGUUUGUGCUUCAGGUUUAUGCACCAAUUGAGAAAGAAUAUGCGUUUCAUCGGAUGUUGUUUGUUUUCAUGUGUUCAUCAAUGAGCUGUCUUCUUCGGGAUCAACAUGAGCAAUGGAAACGCCAUCCAGAGAAACCGUCUAGAAGUGUGAAGAUUUUCCGUUGCCAAUUGCCUCGCUUUAAUCCUUUUUACCCAAGCGAGCCCCCAAGAUGCGAUGGGACUGACAAACCUUCUGGAACUGGAGCUGCACUUUGUACUUGGUGUGGUACCUGGAAAGGAGAUAAACUCUGUAGUAGUUGCAGGACAGCUCGUUAUUGCUCAGAGAAACACCAGGCAAUGCACUGGCGCUCUGGUCAUAAGAUUGAUUGUCAACGGAUGAGCAUUUCUUCUCAAUCAUCUGAUUGCCCCAAUAAAAACGGAACUACUUCAGCAAAUUUACAAAAAGUUGCAAGCAAAACUCUGUGGCCAGAAUAUGAGAUGAUAAUUGAGAAUGAAAGUGAACCCAGCACAGAAAUGUCUGAGGAUAAAGCCUGUACCAGUUCAUUGGUCUCUAAGGAAAAAGUUGAUGACACAAUGAACUCACUGAUGGACAGUUUUGAGGGUGAUGAUGACAGAAAAAGUUGGGCCUCUUUCCAAGAACGCAUAGGCAAGGCCCCUGAACAGGUGUUAAGGUAUUGUAGGAAUGGUGGGGCUAAACCCCUCUGGCCCAUGUCAAGUGGUCAGCCAUCGAAAGCUGAUAUUCCUAAAUGCAAUUACUGCGGUGGUCCUCUUUGUUUUGAGUUCCAGAUCUUGCCUCAGCUGCUUUAUUACUUUAGUGUGAAUAAUGAAGUUGACUCUCUCGAUUGGGCAACUAUUGUUGUGUAUACGUGUGAAGCCUCUUGUGCGGGGGGUGUUGCUUACAAAGAGGAAUAUGUUUGGGUUCAACUCCCUUCGCCAUCUGCUACUGUACCUUGAUAGUUAUUUAUCUUUUGAUUUCUUUUUUUGGUUAUUUAUCUUUUUACAGUUGACCUAUUCAGUUCUUUUUUCUUGAUAUGAGCUUUGAGAAGGGGAAAAAUCUACUUAUUUGCUCAUCAAUACGCAUAGAUGAAUAGUUGGUUAACUUGAGAAUCAUCAUCAUAAUUCAGAUAAUUUAAACCUUUUGAUUAA